AUGAAUUACAUUAAUGAAGGAAAAAUCAUUUUGUUAUCUCGUAACGAAGGGAAAUUAAAAUCUUAUGAUUCCUGUUUUGAUAUAAGAGCAUGGAGUCAUGAUAUAAGAGAUCGUGAUCACUACUUAAGGGAAUGGAUGAAGUGCAAUAUGCCUACGUGCAUCUUUUCUGUGUCUACUUUAAACAAUUUAUUAAAAUCAAUGGCUUGCAGGCACUUCAGCCGUCUAACACCACGAUGUCAUCCAGAUUGUAAGUCCAGGAAGCUCCUUGAAAGUAUAUGCACAUCAUGUCAAGCUAUGAAAGAAUGCUUAAAAAAUAAUGAAAAUUUCGAAAAAUAUCUUGAAGAGGAAGAACUAGAAACAGGUCAUUGGCCAUGCGAUAAAUGCCUAAGCGUUUUGAAGAGUAUAAAAAUGUUUUGGAAAGUAAUAUUAGAUAAAAUAUUAAGAGUAAAUAUUCCAAAAACAGAAGUUAUUUCAGAAGAUCAUUCAAAUGUAAGGGAAGUUAUUCAUGGUGUAGCCAAAGAUUGGCAAAAGGAAAUUUUAGAACAGACUACAUUUGUGAAAAACUUUAUUUCACCAAUAACUAACAACAAUGUUUUGUUGAAACAAGUUAAAAGUGCAAAAACUGACGCAAAUAUGUCAAGUUCACAAAACCAAAUUCAAAACUGUAUAAAUACGCCAGCCAACCUAAGUUUUGAAUCAAAAAGUAGUGAAUCCAAGUGUAACUGCAGGUUACUAAAUAAAAAUAGCGGCUGUACGUUGACAAGUGCCGUGAAGUUAUCGGACACUGGAUGUGACCCUCUUAAUAUAAGUUAUAAUGAGAAACUUAAGUCGUACAAAUAUUAUUUCAAAAAACUACAGGAACAAUUACAAACACAAGUUAUGGAAGUAAAAGAGUUGAAAAAGGAGAAUGAUGCUCUUAAAUACAAACUUCAAGAAAUGCGCAAAAAGCCUUCACUUAAGACACUUUACGCUCCUACAGCUUUAAGCCCUAUUUGUGAUGUAAAUCAAGUGCUUGAACCUUUUGAACCGUGUUCUGAAGAAAACCUUAAUGCCGAUUCAACGAAAGAGACUAAUUCGGAAGUUAUAAUAACUUUAAAGAACUGUAAAAAUGAGAAUUUCAAACAUGUGUGUAUGUUACAAGUUGUUCAUAAAACUAAUAUGCCUACGGAUGAAUUUACUGCAGAAGAACAGGGUUGUUUUAAGGAAAAACAGGAUCCUAUCGUUUUGCUUAACAAAGUACAAAAAACAUUUGGAAAUAUAGUUCAAAAAGAAUUGAUUAAUGCUAAUAAAAAGCAAAACUCAGCGAAAACACAAGAUGUGGAUGCUACUUUAAUAAGAAAUACAAACUGUUGCAAGUUAGCCCCAUCUCAUACUACUACAUCAUCGUGUUGGUCAAAUCAUUCAGAAACAGACCAUGUAAUAAAACGUGACGUUAGAAGUAAAAAUACAAAGAAGUGUUAA